GUUCUCCGUGAUAACAUCCAGGGAAUCACCAAACCCGCCAUCCGCCGUCUGGCUCGCCGUGGUGGAGUGAAGCGUAUCUCCGGUCUGAUCUACGAGGAGACCCGCGGUGUGUUGAAGGUGUUCCUGGAGAACGUGAUCCGUGAUGCCGUCACCUACACUGAGCACGCCAAGAGGAAGACUGUGACCGCCAUGGAUGUGGUGUAUGCUCUGAAGAGGCAGGGCCGCACUCUGUACGGCUUCGGAGGUUAA